UCAAGUUCCUCCUCUGUCUUUUCAUUUGUUCCGCUUUUGGUACUCAAAACUCAAAAAACUCGCAUGGAUGACAUAUUCGAAGAGUUUGUAGGUUUCUUGAUGCUAGAGGAAGCCGCGAAUACUAACGAGGAAGUAGUAAUAGAUGACAGUUCACAUCAUAAUCAUCAACAAGACCAACAAUAUCGUCAUCACAGCUCUACUCUUGCCCCGAUUAUUGGUCGUGUUGAGGAUGAUCCUUUGUUGACGAGCAUGAUGAGUAGUUCUGACUAUGAUAUCAUUAACUAUGAGCGAGAUUAUCAGUCGGGUCGAGAUCUUUCUGAUCCUCCACAUAAUCAAUCCGGUGGGUUAAUCUAUCAGUCGGAUGAACUUCAAUCUGAUAAUAUUUUAUUGGAUAUCACCCAUAAUUUUCAAGCAAAUUGUUCUAUCAAUCAGUACUAUGAUACGAUCAAGACAUCAACCCUGCAACAACAACAAGCUGCAGAUGUUUGUUAUGAUCACCCUCAAGCUCAAACACCGUCACCGUCUAUACCUUAUCUUAUCGACAAUGUAUCCAUUGAUGCCGACGACAACAAACUCCUAGAUCGUCAACCUAGUACAGCUCCAGGACCACAUGUACGAGAACAAGAACAUGGACAGCAAGCGUUGCCUAUUACAGUAACGAAUGAUGUUCAAGGGCUCAAGAAAAGGAGAAGACAACAGAAACAAGUACUAGUUGAUCAUGUGGAGGAUGAAGAGGAGGAGGAGGAAGAUGUUGAUCUAGUACCAAAUGAGGGUGGUGAUGAUGAUCAAUCAUCACCAAUUAUCAGUAAAAAUCUAAUGUCAGAGCGUAAUAGAAGGAAAAGAUUGAACCAACAGUUAUUCACUUUGAGAUCUAUUGUCCCCAACAUUACCAAGAUGGAUAAAAGAACGGUUCUUGUUGAUGCUCUGGCUCAUCUACAAAAUAUACUUCGCCAAACAGAAAUCGAAAUCGAAAAUCAGAAUAAAAUCUCUUCCUCUACUGCAGUAGAUGAUCAUGGCGAUGCCAUGGUAGAUUCUUCUGUGUCACCUAAUUCCUCGGUAUUAAAUGUCAAAAUGGACCAUAUUCCUUGCCACGGAGCGGUACUCCUAGAGAAGAACGUGGCUGAUGUUAAUGUUGAUGAUGACCAACUUCAACCAUUACGGCAAAUAGUACUACCAAUUGAACCUGCAAUAACUUCAUUGCCAUCCGAACGCGCAAUUUUUCCAGCUAUAAUUAAGAUGGAAGCGGAGAAGCUAGACGAGGAGAGGUAUUUGAUAAAGAUUGUAUUCAAUAAAGUGUUGGGAACAAUGGGUCAAGUACAAAGAUCGGUAGAAAUGCUGAAAGGAGUUGAUUUUAUAAAUGUUUCGGUUUCUGAAUACGAUCAACACCAUAUGCAAUCUUCCUGCUUUCUACGUGUAAAGAAAAUAAAAGGAUCUCUCCCCAUGGCGGAUGAAGAUAACAUCCUGAACAUGUUGAAAGCAACUGCUAAACAGUUGGGUCUACUUCUUUCUCCUGCAGCUUAUUCCUCAGAGUAA